AAGUAGUGCAUGUACGGAAAGAAAAACUGUUAACUAAUAUAUAAUAUCUAUAAAGUAAGGAAAUAGCAAUUGCAGUAAUUAGUUUAAUGAAAAUUUGUUAAUAGACCAUUGUUUAUAAGGAUAAAAUUAUAAUUAAUUUGAUUUGCUUUUAUUAACUAAUCUGAAUCUAGCCUUGGAAAAAUUCUAGAAUCUCUAAUUAACUAAUAGGAGAAGUUGAGGAUAAAGAAAUAUCAGAGCAUCUCAGAAUAGGACAGCGGUUUAACAAUGAUAACUAUAGACUUGUUAAAUCAAAAGAUUGGAGUGGAAAUAUCUGGUGAAGAUUCUAUAAAUUUAAAUGAAGCAAUAAAACAUAUUUUUAAAUCUAAAAAGGCAACAGUAUUAACAGGAGCAGGAAUCUCAUGUAAUGCUGGUAUACCUGAUUUUAGAUCAUCUGAUGGAUUAUAUAAUUUAGUUAAAUCAAAAUAUCCAAAAACAAUUGUAAGAGGUCAAGAUUUAUUUGAUAUAUCAUUAUUUAGAGAUGAAAUAUCUUUAUCAUUAUUUUGUACUUUUAUGGAAUCAUUAUAUCAAUAUAGUUUAAAAGCUCAACCAACAGAAACUCAUAAAUUUAUAAAACUUUUAAAGGAUAAAAAUAAAUUAUUAAGAUGUUAUACUCAAAAUAUUGAUUCAUUAGAAAAAUCUAUUAAUUUAAAUAUGGGAAUAAAUUUAAAUGAAUUUGAUAAAUCAAAAACUUUUAAUCAAAGUUGGAAAAAUUUAGAUGUUGUACAAUUACAUGGAAAUUUACAUAAAUUAUCUUGUACUAAUUGUUUUUCAAAUUUUGAUUGGAAUGAAAAGUAUAGAAAUGAAUUAGCUAGUGGUUUAAAUCCAAAAUGUGAUAAAUGUUAUGAAAAAUAUGAAGAAAGAUUAUAUUCAGGAAAGAGAUUAACUGGAAAUGUUGGAAUUUUACGUCCUGAUAUAGUUUUAUAUGGUGAACAUCAUCCUCAAGCUGAUAUUUUAGCACAAGGAUUAAAUGUUGAUUUAAGAGCUGGACCAGAUUUAUUAAUUGUUAUGGGUACAUCAUUAAAAGUUGAUGGAGUUAAAAAACUUGUAAAAUCAUUAAGUACAUCAAUUCAUAAUAAAGGAGGUAAAGUAGUAUUUGUAAAUAAAACUCCUUUAUCAAAACAAUGGCAUUCAUAUAUUGAUUAUGAAAUAUUAAGUGAUUGUGAUAAUUUUGUAAGAAUACUAAAGAAAGAAAUACCGGAUUUAUUCUUAACUCAAGAACAAUUAGAUUCUAAAAAAUUAAAGCAUGGUAUGAAAGAAAAUCUUCCUUCUAUCAAAACAGAAAAAUGCAUUAAAAAGACUAAUAUAAAAAAGGAAACUAAGAAAGCAUCAGGGGUGAAACAAGAAUCUAAGGCAAGUAAAAUAAAGUCCGAGAAAGCAAUAUCUAUGAAACAAGUAGCUGUGAAAAAAGAAUCAGUAGAUUUAAUUUCAUCAUCAUCAUCAGAAUCAGAAAUUGAGGAAGCUUUAACUCCUCCUAUUACUCCAACAAAACCAAAGAAAAGACCAGCACUUAAAAGAAAAUCUACAAAUAUUGAUGAACCUCGUAAAAGACUCAAAUUUGAUUUACCAACUCCAUUAUCAAGUUUUAAUGGAGAUGGCAUCGAAAUUGCCAAUGACGAUUAUUCGGAAACUACAUUACGAGCCCUUGCUACACCCCAAGUUAAACAAGAAGUUGUUUAAAAGCAUUAAUUAAUGAUAUUCAUGAAUUUAUAAUUCAAUCAUAUGUAAUUUAACAUUCUUUUAAUAUGUAUAUUAGUUUAUAAAAAUAUACCCACUUGCAUUAUUAAGAUAUUAGUAUUUUAAAUUUAUGGGCUGUAUUAUCCUGUAGGUGCCAGUAAUUGCUGCGACUUCUUAGCUCACUAUAAUUAACCAGCUAAUUAUUUUACAGUAAAUAUUUCCAAUGUUAUUAGUAAUUAUAUUAGUAUAAUCACUUCUACAAUCACCACAAUCACCUCAAG